AUAGACUCUUUGACAAUAAUAGUGGAAUCUGUUAAAACUGUACUACCAAGAAACUGGAGUGUGGCUUAUCAGAUUCAAAAUUGGUUUUAUUUGUUAUUAGUGUGUGCUCGUUAAACAUUCAUACAGAAGUCAUGGGUCCAUGUCUGUAUGUGCAUAGGAAAAGCAUUGAUUGCUAUUUCUGAAAUGCCUUCCACUGAGAUUCUAAGCAGAAACAACUGGUGUUAAUAUGGCGUCUUUCCGAACGUUACCAUACCUGUUCCUGUUGAAUGUUUUAAGUGAUAUUCAAGCAGGGGAUGAUUGUUUAUCAUGUUCAAAACACAACAUUGCAGAACUUGGAAAAAGAACUGUGAUUAUAUGCAAGAGUAAUGUACCCAUUGUAUCUAUGAUAAUGAGUUUCUGCCCCCUCAAGGGAGACCGCUGUUUUGCCAAAGGUGUCAUCUAUCAAAAUAAUAUUACCUUGACUGAUGGUGAAACAACACUGGAAUUUCACAACAAUACGGCUUCUCUGAGUAUUAACCAAAUAAAGAUAUCACAUGAAGGAAACUAUAAAUUAGGUCAUGUAGGUGCAAACUGUAUGAAUAACCAGAAUAUAUUUCUAGAAGUGUUUGCACCAUAUACGACUCCUCAAAUAAUGGAACAGGAGGGUAAUCUUAUUUGUACAGCAUCUGGAGGUUACCCAGAGGAGAAGCUCUAUUGGGUUUCUAAAGCUGGAACUAAUCUGACCCAUAAGUCAGCAUCUCAGUCUGUGAAAAAUGAGGAUGGGUCAUUCAACCUGAGCAAUACCCUUCAACUGGAAUCUGCUCCCUCUGAAACGGAAUAUUGCUGUGUUUUCAACCCCACAAGAGUUCCUAACAGAAAACCAGGAUCAUCCUUCACCCCAACUCAGGCCUAG